GCUCCUGAAUAAGACUUUUAAGCAAAAAUUGUUUCUGGCCGAUGUUCCAAGCAAGUUUUUUACGAUAGAAAUUCGUUUUUUAAAUAAACGUUCGUUCGCGUGACACGAUGACCACUGCCCAUCUCUAAUGAAGACAGCUGCUUCUUGCCCAACUAUCUACACCUGGUUGUUGUUUAAUUUUGUAAAUUCAGCAGGACCUACAUAUUUUUAUGCAAAGUCCGCUGUCAAAAUGCAGGGAGCUAAAAAUAAGUGAACAUUUUUAAAUCCAAGCUAUUAUACCCCUGUUUUGGCGCUUAGUAUUUGAUGGUGACAUUUUGGAUUUCCAAACAAUAACAAAACUCGGUGUGUGCUGACUAAGCGGCGAAAGUGGUUGCAGCAAAGUCCAAGUACUAUCAAUUGCUUCCAAUGGACACCAGCGAACUGAUCGUACCGAUGGCUGCAGCGCGUCCCAUGCCGCCCGAGGAGCUGGCGAUGCAGUCUCUUACCAAGCAACUAUACAAGUCACGCCUCUUCCGCGGCCACUAUCUGGAGCGCUGUCUGGUGGAGCAGGUGGGUGGCUACCGGGACGUGGUGGUGCUACAGCGCAGCGAGCGUGAGCUGGAGAAGCUGCUGCACAACAGCGCAGGCCAACUGCGGAUGUUCUACCAGCGCUUCGUGCCCAACAUGUGGGUGGGCGUAACAAGCGGGAGCUAUGGUAGCUAUAAACACACAUCGGAUCCGGGACAGCUGGAGACCUGUAUCUGGACGGAGCUGAGUGAUCUGGCGUUUGGCGAGUACUGGUUCAGCAUAAAAACAAUACGCUUCCGGGACCAGGAAGUUCAGCUGAAACUAAAAAUGGUGCGCGCCGUGGAGCCAGAGCCGCUGGUCCCCCCAAGACGAUCCCUUUCUCUCAACCGGAGCAGCCAUAAUAACAGCAAAGCGAUAACCUCAGGCGAUGGACUCUCACCGUCCGAUAAGGUCGCGGAUCAGGUUCAGCUGGGCCUAAACGACUUCCUGGCCGUGUUGCAGCAGUGGGGAGACGGCGUCAAGCAGACUGUCUAUGACUUUAUGGCCAACGAUGUGAACAAGCGAAACAUAAUGGGUACCAUCCGGUUUCUGGGCCUGCUCAUCUUCUCGGCCCUUGGUGGAGCGGCGAUGGCGUUGCGAUUCCUGGGCGUUUUUGCUGUGCGCUUUCUGUUCGAGCUCAGUCGCUUCACCCACACCGCCACACCGAUCGUGUUUAAGGUGCUGGAGUUUCUAAACAAGAUUGUGGGCGCGAUAUUCAUACUACUCACCAUGAUAUGGAAAGACCUUCUAAAUCGUGGACAGCCUGUUCCGAAGCAGCAGCAGCUGGAAGCGAACACACGUUUCAAGAGCAUCACCUACGAGCGUUCAGAGCCGCACCGGCGGAGCCAACGCUGGUGACCACCCAAGCUGGGUCCAAGUGUAGCAUCUAGCUGUGUAAUUAGUCCAGGGUGAAGGGGCAUCAUUAGGUCAAUGUCAUUGUGUUAUUAGCCGUAAGCCAAGCGAAGCCGCUGCACUCACAUCAUAUCCCAAGAUAGAAGGUACACCUAUGAGAUUUCCUGAUCUAAACCAAAUGCAAUAUUGUAAAUUAUUUUAUUGGCCUGCCGCUAACGGCAGACGAUCGCAUGCUUAUUAACACCCAUUGUUAAUUCAUUGUGCAUUGUUCAAAAAAACUGUAUUUGUGUUCUUUUAACCAAUUUAGCGAAAUAUUGUAAAUUUGUGUGAAUAAAUUGAAUGCAAAAUA